UCAGUGUUACGAAGCGCUUGUAAUCAAGUGAAAGUGGGCGAAAAAUUGUAAAAUAAAAUGGAAUUGUCUCAAUCAGUUUUGGAUGGGUUGGCAGUUGCUGGAGAGAGCUCUCAAAUACCAGAUAAAAGUUAUAAAGUUUUGGUUACGCGAGCAUUUGAUGGAGUUCUGGAUGAAAGGCACAGAAACCUCAUCGCCAAGGAUCCAUCCUUUCGAGAAUUAGACCAGGCUGUUGUGAAGGAAACAUAUUCAUCAAUGGUUACCUUGGUUACUGAAGCAACAAAACAUGAUCUAGAUAACAAUUCUAUCAGUUCAGUGUUGGAGGAAUGCAAAUAUGCCAGUGAUAGGAUAGAAACAUUUAACAAAGUUUAUAAUACAAAGAAACCAUUGAUGCAAAUUUUAUUAAGCAGUGUAGGAACGUGUCCCCCACACAUAGUUGAUGUUGACUGGAGAUUAGAUUACUAUAUUAAAAAUAAUCAUCUAGAGCGGGUCAACGAGGCUGUGUAUCUUGUAACAUUAAAGACAGAGGUGCCAGGAUGUUCGGAGUUGAAAGAUGUUCAAUUUUCAUGUACUCAAGAACAACUUCAGGAUAUGGUAGGAAAAUUAAAAGAUGCAUGUAAAUGUCUAGAGAAAGCCAGCCAAAUGUGAAAGAACAUUUUAUAUCAAGGGACCAACACAAGUGAUAAUUGCAUGUGAAACAUCACAGCUUGUAUAUGCUCAUUUUAUUAUUAACAUAUUAAAGUGGCAUGCCCCCAGAUAAGUUUAAUAAGUCAUUAAAACAAAAUCAAAUGAGGUUUAUGAAUUAUAUAAAGACUCCAAAUUUACUGGUGAAAUUUUUUAGUGUACUUGUGCAACGUUUACACAAAAUGUUAGCAGAGAAUUUAUUAUUUCUAUCGUCAAGAUUUUCAAGAGGAAUUCCUGUAUGCUUUUACAAAUAAGAGAAAAGCAGUAAUGGUUAGUUCCGGAAAGUAGACAUGAAAACUUUUAUCAUAAUAAAGCUUAUAUGAGUAUGGUUAAAAUUCAUCAAAUUUUAAAAAUUUCAAAUGAUAAUAGUGGCUGAGAGUUUGCCUCUCAUCAGAAUUGCAACCACUGUUUAUCCCUGCAUGAUCGUAAGAGGCAACUAAAUGGGUUCAAAUUACUGGAAUCUAUGCAUCUCAGGUGAGGUGGUUUUGACCCUUAGUAAAUGUCAUCUUUCCAGUUUCUGCACCAUGUGACCUAAAUUGUGUUGGUGUGCUGUAAAACCAGGCAAAACAAUGUUAGAAAAGUAUUUUUAUAUAAUGAAAAUCUGAAGGAAUGCUGCUUUACAACUUACAGACAUGUCAGAUGACAACUUUGUCUAAAAAAUGAUUAUAUGUUUGUAAUAUAAGUGACCAGAAUGACAGAUAAACAAAAUAUAUUUGAUAAGAGGUUUCUAUAGUGUGACACAUAAUUACACAUAAUUUUCAAGUGACAUACAGCCAGUAUUUUUAAACUACUUUAUACACAGAUAACUAAUAUGAGGUUACAAAAUGAUGUUAUGUGUUUUCCAUUUGAUUUAACCAUUGUGCAUUUCUUUAUUGUUUAUAUUACUUGCAUGUAAUAUAACAUUGUUGCAACUCAAUAUUUUCCUUUACAUUUCAUAAAGAAAAUAGCAUACCAAAACAAUUCAUAUAUUGCAAUACAUUAGGAAGAGUAGAAACACACCUUUCUUCCAUUUGUAUUGAAAUUAGAUUUAUAAAAAUAGUGAUUGUACUAGAAAUAUUAUUUGAAGCUAUUACUAAGUGUUUAGAAUAUUUGUGCUUUAGGUUUACAAGGAUUAUUUGUAAAUACAUUUGUAAAUCUCCAUGAAUGUAGAAUUUUAAAUGUAACUCUAAUUUGCUUGUAUAUGAAAUGUGCAAUAUUUGUUAUAUAAUUGAAAUAUUUGUUGAUUUUGAUGAUUUGAUUAUUAAAUAAUACUUUUUAUAUGAAAAUAA